UACAAGUUUAUAAAACCAAGCAAAGCACCCGAAGCUACACAGUUAAAUUCUCGUAAAUAACUAAAUAACUCGUUCGUGUCAAAUUUCAAAUAAAAAAAAAUCAAAUUAAAAGAAAUAACAAAAUGGUACGCCGUGGACGUUCAGCUAGCCCCCCACCAUCAGCCAGACGCACAGUACCGGCGCCAGCUCGCGCCGCUGCUCCAGCACCGGCUCCAGUGCCCGCACGUGCUGCCGCACCACCACCAGCACCGAUGGCGGCACCACCAAGCGCCGUUGGCAUGCCAGCACCACAGCAGCCCUCGAUGUUCCAGCAAAUGGCUGCAACCGCUGGAGGCGUUGCCGUUGGCUCGGCCAUCGGUCACACCGUCGGACAUGGACUCACAUCGCUGUUCAGCGGAUCGGGCGAUAAGGAGGCCGCAGCGCCAGCCGCUGCCGCACCGGCUGCACCACAACAACAGCAGCCCUAUUAUGGCCAGCAAGCUCAGGCCAAUGAGCCACAAGGCGCUUGCGCCUGGGAGAUCAAACAGUUCCUGCAAUGCGCUCAGGGUCAAUCUGAUCUGUCCCUGUGCGAGGGCUUCAAUGAGGCUCUGCGACAGUGCAAGGUGCAGCAUCAUCUGCAGUAAACAACAACAACAACAACAACAACAAAAACA